GUGCUUGUACUUUUUUUUUCUCAAUUCCUGUGAGAUGACAUGGACAGCCCUUAUCUUGGUCUGUUCCCUCCGCGUUUGAUGUUUUAAAGCUCCCAGCUUCCGAAGCCUCGGAUAUGUUACGGUUCCUCCUUACCUCUGUACAAUACGAAAGGACCCCCGGAGGGUCAACGCUUCGGUCUUUUCGCCAUCCUUUGAGCACGGCCUCCUGUCACUGUAUUCUUUACCUCUCCUGAACACUUGCGCAUCUACAAUCCAGGAAUGACCCUUCAUUCAGCCCUUAUGCGGUAGGAAGGAACUGGUCGUCUUCAUCAUGCCACCUCCCGCAACGCAGACAGGUGGCCAGGCAGCGCCUCCCACCAUACACCCCCGAGAACCGGCACGACCUUUCAACACCAAAAAUCCCCCUUCUACCAAUCCCAGUGGGUCUGAAUGCCCGUCGCCUCAUCACGGUCAUCAGAAGCUCGUUUUCACCGAUCCGGUCGCCCUUCGAUACCUUGAAGAAGAUUCGGAAGCAGUUGUGCUACAUCGUCGUUUGUCUCUAGUAGGAUACGAGGUAUUCAUUGUUGAGCAAUGGGCCUGUACGCGCAUUCAUCCUACGUUUAUCAUCACCACCUAUACCGGGGAUCUAUCGCACAAGGUCGUGGUGGGGGUGCUGAGCGUCCCUACGGAUGAGUCUAAGUGGUCUCCCCGUAUGAAGAUGUACUUCAGCGCAGUCACGCAAUGUCAAGCGCGAAAAAUGGAGACGCCAUUGGGGACACUCAUGGUUACAGACUUGAAUGUAUUCCCAUUGGCAUUGACUCUUAUCCCGGUACCCGACGGUGAUGUCCUUAAACACAAGGAGGAUUUCGUUGUCAACGAAAAUCUGAAACGGUUGGGUUGCUCAGGUCGCUCCGGUUUAAAGCUACAACCACCAUCUCCUGCUACCGAAGCAAAGUUUCACCACCUAUACCGGACGAGUGAAAAGGUGCCCUUGUAUUCUGCCGUCAUGGAACUUGUGAAGCAGUGCCAAAUUGCUUUGAUGAUGUUCGGCAAGCUUGCGCCAGAGUACGUGGACGGACUACUAUGCGAUGUCACAGAAGCAGCUAUAAAUGAUUGGUGGACGGAUACAGGAAUGGACCUAUUUAACAUUGAACCGAGCGAUAACAUGAUAGGCCCUAUCUCUGUAGCCGGCUUGCUGGGUACUCUGAUGGGGGCUCGAAACCGGCUUCAUGCUUUCGGCGCCCCAGUUGGCAAGGAUGCAUUUGAUUUCUCUAAUCUUGAACGGGGAAUUGGAAGCUUCCAAAAGUCGCAGAAGCUGAAACGUACCCGAAGGCUGGAUCGCCAGACCUUGGAUCGCUUGCACCGGGCGACAGCGAAAGCUGCGAAUGCGGAAGGCUGGACUGAAGCCGUGAAAUCUACCAUGGCAGAAUUGAGCGGGCACGGGGGAGAGAUGGUUAUGGGAAUGGUCCGGGGCCGCGAAAAAGGUGGUAUCGCUGAUAUCGAGACCCUUGAUAUAGACAAUUUUGCACAUCUGGUCACUGGUGAACGGGCAAAAUGGCUGUGGAGGGGAAAGCCACGGAAGGGCGGCAUUGGCGAUAAUUAUGCUGGCGGCGCGCCAGCCGCAGAUAUGGUGUUCACUACCGACGACCAGGGUGGCUACUUUUGGACGAGUCGACGGCGACCCUCGCACGAAGACUUGGCAACGGAUCGCAUUCUGCAGAGCUCAGACCGCUCCUGGAGACCGGCGGAAUCAGCAGCAUCCUUGGAUGAUAAGGACCAGAAUCUAGGCCGGUUAGUCCGGCAAGGCGUGAGUGGGAAGGUGUCCGAUGCGCGGGCUGGCUUUGGCCGAUUCAAGGAUGCCGUAGGCCUCCGAUCUCAUCCCCACAAACAGUCUAGGGAUGGCAUAGACCUGGCCGGUGACUCGUCUCAUCUGCCUCCUAUAGAUAGCGACACCGAGUUGUCUCAGUCGAAGAAGUCCGAGGGUGGCGCUCCAACCGAACCGGACAGCGUCCAUGACAAUGAAGCCCCGGCCCCGGCCGAUGACGCGCAGGUUGAGCCGCCUCCAAGAACCAUAUUACCGCAAUCUCCCAACUCAAGAGCCCCAGCAAUAACCGUAGAAACGGUUCCGUCCACUGCCGAUUCAGAGUCGUCGCGUAAGGUGUCUGUGGCUCGAGCGGAGGACGAGGGGCCAGACCUUGAGCGCUGGAGGACGCUUUCUACCGAUGUAUCCGCCGACCGGGAGCAAACGUCUGAAGUUGGGAUUAUGUUGCUGCGUCGGCCACAGAGUUGCGCUGAAUUGAGCCCCGAGAGGGAUUCUAGACGCUUAGACAACUAUUGGCCUCGCCACUUGUCCUUCAGCACUGUUGAAGAGGUGGUGCUGGGGUGGGAGGGAUUGGGGGGCGAAGCAUUCAAAGAAACCCCCGAUACUCUCUUGGAGGAGGCCAUUAUUCAAGAGGACAUUUUGGCCUCCGACGCACGGAUCUUCAGCUCACGCAUCCAGGAGUUGAGUGAGUACACCGUCCCUUGGGUUGAGCAACAAGUAGCCUCGGUGGAUGAUCUCAGUCGGUGCUUGCACGAGAGCCACGAAAAGGUCAACGCGGCCUAUCUGGAGCGGCUGGCAACCUUCCAGCAAGUGCGAGGCCGAUCGAGUGACCUGUUGACCGAAGAGCACACCCAGCUCACUGAUUACAUGAGGCGGGUCGAGCUGAUGGGCGCGAAGCUGGACUACGAGCUCCAUGUCCUCGAUUCCCGAGUCGAGGAUGUCGAAACAAACCUCGAUGAAUUCGAACGGCAUGUUAACGCCAUCGAAACCAGAGUGAAGCUGCUGAUCCGAGGCGAGCAAGAAAAGCAGAGCAACUCCUGGUUCUCCUGGUUUGGACGGAUUACAGGACUCUCGACUGCAUGAUGGAGAUUCUUGAUUUCCCAGAACAAACCUUUGUAAAUGCCCACAUAUCAUUUCUAAUGUACAUAAUCCCCGAAAUAGACUUGCGCAGUUCGCGUUGACCGCGCAUUGCAAAAGACCGAGGAACCCAGCCCAAGACCAAACAAACAUGUAUAUCCAAACCCAAGUGAUGCUCGUCCGUCCCAUCUAUCAAGCCCGAUCACUAGGCCAGGCCUUCCGCUCCAGUCAUUACAUAAGAACCCAAAGAAACCAUUAGGAGGGAUAGCUGUGGCAGAUCUGAAACCC